GACAAGUCAAGUCUGGCCUUUGUGCCCUUACACUCGUUUAUCUAUACUUAAUACAACCGCUUCACUCAUUCAGCGGUCUAUACCUACCAUCUGCUUAAUACCCAGUAACCAAACGUCAAGAUGAAGGGUGCUAUUAUCGCUGCCUCCGUGGCGCUUACCGGCUCCGUUGCCGCGUACGAGCACAAGGCUCACGCUGGUUUCCACAUGCGCCGUGGAGACUACAAGAAAGAUGACGUUUGCACGGUCUACACCACUGUCUACGUGACUGCUAUGCCGUCUAUCGUCCCCAACUCCACCUGGGUCGCGCCCCCUACUCCCCAGACCUCCAGCUCUUGCACCGAGGAGGAGGGUCACAAGACUUCCAUCUACACCCCCAUCGUGAUCUCUUCCACCCCGGCCGCGGCUUCAUCCACCAAGCCCGCUGAGGUCUACCCUCCGGCUCCUCCCAAGCCUGAGGUCUCCACCUCCUGCACUGAGGAGAAGCCGAUUGUGGUCUCUUCCACCCCGGUCGCAGCUUCAUCCACCAAGCCCGCGGAGGUCUACACUCCUGCGCCUAAGCCGGAGUCCUCCAAGCCCGCUGAGGUCUACACUCCUGCGCCCAAGCCCGAGUCCUCCAAGCCGGCCCCAGUGCCCGUCUACACUCCCCCUCCUGCCGACACCCCCAAGCCUGCUCCCAGCGGCACCAAGGAGGCUGACAAGCCUAAGCCAACUGGCAUCUACAGCAACGGCGGCCACAUCGUCACCAAUGGUGACAAGUGGGCCAUCACCUACACCCCCUACGCCGCGGACGGCCAGUGCAAGACCGCCAUGGACAUCAAGACCGACAUCAAGAAGAUCUCCGAGAUGGGCUUCACCACCAUCCGCUCCUACAGCACCGACUGCGGUGUGUUCGAGAACGUCGUUCCCGAGUGCCAGAAGUACGGACUGAAGGUCAUCUACGGUAUCUUCCUUGAGGGCGGCGGUGCCGGUGGAAAGGGCCCCUUCUCCAGCUACGCCAACUCUCAGCUUGAGGACAUCAAGAACAAGGCCCCCAAGGACAGCGUCGCCAUGGUCAUCGUCGGUAACGAGUGCAUGUUCAACAACAACUGCCAGGCCUCUGAGCUCGGUAGCUACAUCGACUACGUCCGCAAGGAGCUCCAAGGUGCCCGGUUUCCCCACCGACGUUGCCAUUACCACCACUGAGCCUGUAGGCACCUGGGAGGAGAAGGGCGCCGCUCUGUGCGACCACAUCGACGUCUUCACCGUCCAGGUUCACCCCUACUUCACUGCUUCCAUCACUGCCGACAAGGCCGGAGACUUCGCCGCGCAGCAGCUCGAGCAGGCCGCCAAGGUGUGCCCCGGCCCCGCCGCCAAGGGCAAGUUCAUCACUGAGAUCGGGCUGGCCCAAGAGCGGCAUUCCCAACGGCCUCGCCGUCGCCAGCGUUGAGAACCAGAAGACUGCCAUGAA